AUGGAAGGGAGAACAGGUUUGAACUUUCGAGGCGGUACGGUCUUGGAUCGAAUUGAUUAUAACGUGGAACAGGCAGCGCUGAAAAUCAACUCGGCUUUAUCAAGUGUGCAGCGUGCUGAAAGAUUGUCUGUAUUGGGUCUUUGGACUCUUGCCUCUUCGGAUGAAUUACUAGGUGCUUCAUUGUAUAUGGAAUGUACACAUCAUUUACGAUGUUCGGAAACAGAUCGUAUCCGUUGGUUCGAAUUACGCGAGCAUGUCCAUAAUCUGAUAGAGUUAGGUAACGUGGCACGAGAAGAUGGCUACAUUAUCGAAAAAAGUAAACUUCGUUAUUCAUUGCAAUACCGUGAUUAUCUGUGCACUGAGUAUCGAAGUAGCGGGUAUUUACUUCAAAACGAUAGCAGUUAUCACUUGCAAGUUGCAUGCAUGUGGGUGGGCGGUGAAAUGAAUGCAACCUGUGGUUUGAUACCAUCAACCGAGAAACCGUUUGGAUAUCACGAACCGGAAGAAUGGCGUCGAAUGCUUUUUAAACUCUCAGAUUUUCUGAGGAAAUAUGCUAAGCCAAAAAAACAAGAUAAUGCUGCUGCUGCUUUUUGA